AUGCCAGAGAUACGAAAGUACGCCGGUGAUAACGUGCCGGUCUUACUGGUUGGCACAAAGGAAGACCUUUUGGAAACGGCCAACGACGAGCAGAGGGUCUCGUUCGAUGCUGCACGCAGGGCUGCUUCGCAGGUAAAGGAACUCAUAGAUAUCAGGAGGAUAGGGCAGGAAUUAUUUUUUGAUGAUUGA